AUGAGAAGUGAUGUAUUUGUGAUAGAGAGACAGAGCCUUGAUGGAACCAAAAAAGAAUCUGUUGUCACCUCUGCUUUAUUAAACGUUGAAGGGCUGGCUGUGGACUGGAUGGGACGUAAUAUAUACUGGACAGAUGAGGGAGUAUCAUCAAUAUUUGUGUGUUCAAUGAAGAAUCCAGAAAAAAGGAAAAUGCUGCUUCAUGGGAAUUUAACCAAUGCCAGAGCCAUAGUUCUGAAUCCAGCAGAAGGCUAUAUGUACUGGACUGUGUGGCAAUUUACCAUCUCUGGUGUCCCUCCUGGUGGGGAUGGAUUAAUUGAACGAGCGUGGAUGGAUGGCACACACAGAGAACCAUUUGUAACAUCAGGAUUACAGUGGCCCAAUGGCCUGACAAUAGACUUCAAUGAACGAUAUCUCUACUGGUGUGAUGGUUUCCACAAUAGAAUUGAAAGGAUUGGUCUUGAUGGUAAUAACAGAGAGAUUAUGUUACGAGGUGAUGUUCUGAACCAUCCCUAUGGUUUGGCAUUCCACAAGGGCUUUAUAUACUGGUCAGAGUUUCAGAAUGGCACAAUCAAAAGAGUCAGCCUGGACAAGCGCUAUUCUCCUGUUGAGUUGAGGGUUGAAAACCCCUAUAUAUUUGACCUGAAAGUUUUCUCUAAUACUAGUCAAAGUGAUAGUAAUGCGUGCACAGAUAAUAGUCUCAUGUGUGAUGAUCUCUGCUUAUCGACACCAGAAGGACCUCUUUGUGCUUGUGCCACAGGUUUUGAACCUAGUUACGUGAAAAAAAAUCUCUGCACACCUAUUACUAACUUCACACAGCCAAGUUUGUGUAGUGAAACCCAGUUUCAGUGCAAGAAGAAUUUGAGAUGUAUAGAUGAGAGAUAUCUGUGUGAUGGCGACAAUGACUGUUUAGAUAACAGUGAUGAAGAUAAAUCUCCCGGUGGAGUGUGUGAAGCUGCUCAGUGCCAUGAAGACAUGUUUCAAUGUGGAAACAACCAGUGCAUUGAUGCCUACUGGGUGUGUGACGGUGACCGGGACUGCGAGGAUGGAUCUGACGAGAGCCCAGAGGAAUGCAGUCACCCACACUGUCCGCCUGACAAAUUUCGAUGCCGUGUUUCUGGACGUUGUAUAGCCCAAGCCUGGGUUUGUGAUAUUGAUGAAGACUGUGGCCCAGGUGACACCUCAGAUGAACACUCUGCUUGCAAAUAUCAAGAAUGUGGUUUAGAAGAUUUCAAGUGUGCAAACCAGAAAUGCGUUCCCAUGUUUUACGUGUGUGAUGGAGAUGAUGACUGUAGGGAUGGAAGUGAUGAGAAGUUUUGUGACACUUUCUGCGCUAAUGCUACCGCCACUGGCCUUGCUACCCCACCUUUUUGCAAUAACCUUUGCCCCAAUAUUAAGGAUAAGACACUGUGCCAGGAGACUCAAGGCUGUAUUUAUUGCAAUGCAAAUGAUACAUGUUUAGCCAUCUUCCAACUUUGUGAUGGAACACAAGACUGUCCUGAUGGAAGUGAUGAAGCUAAUUGUGCUGACAGGAUCUUACAAGGCUGUGGUCCAGAUGAAUACAUGUGCAUUCGAACUAGGGAGUGUAUUCCCCAGAAUCUCAAGUGUGAUGGAAGUGAAGAUUGCCUUGAUAAAUCAGAUGAAAUUGGAUGUGAUACAGUUGAAUGCUCCCGCAGUGAGUGGAAAUGUGCCUCUGGAAAUGAGUGCAUUCCAGACAUGUGGAAAUGUGAUCAACAGAAUGAUUGCACAGACAAAUCUGAUGAAAAAGACUGCCCUGGAGUGCCAUUGGUGUGUCCAGUUCCUGGCCAUUUAUGUGAUAAUGGUUCUGUGUGCUUACAGCCAGUUGAACUUUGUGAUGGCCACAGACACUGUGAAGAUGGUUCUGAUGAAGGCGGUCGAUGUGGUGCUCAUGACUGUGAACUGAUGGACUGUCAUGAAGACUGCAAACAAGGCCCAGGUGGACCAAUAUGUGUGUGUCCAGAGGGGCAGACCCUCUUGCCCGAUGGUCGCAUGUGCUCUCAUCUCCACCCCUGUGAACGGUGGGGAACGUGUUCACAGCUGUGUACACCAACCAAGCAUGGACACAAAUGUUCUUGCUUGGAUGGGUAUGGAUUAGAACCUGAUGGUUUUACAUGCAAGAGUACAGAUGCUGCCAUUCCAUACCUCAUCUUCAGCAAUCGCCAUGAACUUCGAAGCAUUAAUCUCAAGAAUGGCAUGGAGGUCAAGGCUCUUAUUUCUUCUUUGAAGAACACCAUAGCUCUUGACUUUUUCCACUCUGAUGACGGAGAUGUUAUAUUCUGGACGGAUGUUUUGGAUGACAAGAUUUACAGGGGUACUAUGCUGGCUGGAGCUCUCUCAAAUAUUGAAGUGGUGGUGCAGACUGGUCUCGCAACAGCAGAAGGCCUUGCUGUAGAUUGGAUAGGAGAAAAUCUGUACUGGGUGGAGAGUAACCUCAACCAGAUUGAAGUUGCCAAACUGAAUGGAUCGUAUCGUCGCACGCUUGUCACGUCACGUAUGGAAAGUCCAAGGUCCAUUUCGUUGGAUCCUAGAGAUGGGAUAAUGUUUUGGACUGAUUGGGAGAAAAGUAAAGCAAGGAUUGAAUCCUGCAGUAUGUCAGGGGAAGGCAGACGCGUUGUUAUCAUGGUGAGUGAGCUACCUGGUGGCGGCUGGCCCAAUGGACUUACUCUGGACUAUGCUUUGAGGCGCAUCUUUUGGAUUGACGCUAAAUCAGACUCCAUCCAUACAUCCAAAUAUGAUGGGUCAGACCACAGAGAGAUUCUCCGAGAGCAUCGACUGCUUUCGCAUCCUUUUGCGAUCUCAUUGUUUGAAAACUUUUUGUACUGGACUGAUUGGAGAACUAACUGUGUAAUUAGGGCAAAUAAAUUCAAUGGAUCUGAUAUCUAUGACAUUCAGCGAACAAUCACUCAGCCCUUUGAUAUCAAGGUCCUUCAUCCAAGCCGACAGCCAAGAGAUACCGAAAACCCAUGCAAAAAUAAUAAUGGAGGAUGUUCUCAUUUGUGCCUAUUAAGUUUUAAUGGUACACAUCAAUGCAACUGCCCUCACAUCAUGAGUCUUGGUGCUGACAACAAGACCUGUAUUCGUAAUGAAAAGGUGCUUCUGUUCUCUCGUCCCCAUGAAAUCAGAGGAGUAGACCUAGAUAAACCACUGCUAGAUAUAAUUCCUCGCAUCUCGUUGCCAAAAGUCCGGCAUGCUACUCAGGUAGAAUUUGAUGCUGAGAGCAAAAUGAUCUAUUGGGCUGACAGAACCAUGAAUGAAGUUAAGAGAGCCAGUUUAUCUGGAGUCCCUAUUGAAACAGUAAUAGACACUGCGCUGGAUUCGCCAAAAGGUUUUGCAGUUGACUGGCUUUCCAAGAACUUGUUCAUCACAACUGAAACUCGUAAUUUGAAACAAAUCAAAGUUGCAUCCUUGAAUGGGGAAUUUUUGAUGCCAGUUAUAUCCAAGGGCCUUUCUGAUCCUGUAUCUCUUGCAGUAGACCCUUCACAGGGAAAAAUAUUUUGGGCUGAUGUCGGUGGCAAUCACACAGUGAACAUGGCAACAAUGACUGGUGAGGAUAUUACUGUGUUGUCAUCACAGGCACAAAAUGAAAGAUUAUCAGAUCCCCAAAGCCUUAUGUAUGACCCUCCUAGUCAACGUUUAUAUUGGGUCAAUGCUGGAUCUAAUAGCAUCCAAUAUUAUGAUUUUGUGCGUGAAAGUGUCCAGGAUUUGUUGAUUGGUGGAAAUAAUACCAUGCCAGAAGCACUGACUGUAUAUUUAGAUCAUGUUUUUUAUGGAAAUGCUGCCGACAGCAGUAUCUACAAAGUGAAUAAGGAUAAUGGAGAAGAUCCAGAAGUAAUACACUCUGGUCUUGGAAACUUCUAUUCCUUGAAAAUAUACGAUGGAUCCAUUCAAGAUGGUAGCAAUGCUUGUUCCCAGGAUAGCCGACCAUGUGCACAUCUGUGCUUACCAAAGAAUCGUGUAGAGAGAGAGUGCCGCUGUGCAGUGGGCUUUAAAGUAGAUGAGAGAGAUCCAACACAGUGCAUUGGAGUGGAAGGUAUACUUAUAUAUUCAAAGAAUAUCGGUCUUCGUGGUUUAGACGUUAACAAUCCAGUCACAGAAAUGGGAACAAGCCCUGAAUUAUUAACACCAAUAUCUGAUAUUGGCAUGGCUACACACUUAGAUUUCCAUGCUCUACAGGAUUUACUGGUGUGGGCUGAUGAUGAUCAGGGCACAAUUACAAGCAUUCAUCGCAGUGGAACAAGCAGACACGUAAUAGUGGAAGAUGCAGAAGCAAUACAGGGUAUUGCAGUUGACUGGGUUGCUAACAAUUUGUACUGGACAAACCCUCAGCUAAAUGUAAUAGAGAUGUGCCGUCUAAAUGGCUCAGACCAUUUUGUAAUAAUUGCAAAUGAUCUGGAGAAACCAGGAGCUAUUGCAGUUCAUCCUGGCAGAGGUUACGUGUUCUGGGCUGACACUGGUGACAAGGUCAAAAUUGAACGGGCCAAUCUGGAUGGCUCAAACCGGACAGUUCUAGUGAAUACCUCACUUCAGUUUCCUGCUGAUCUGGUGGUGGACUACGAGGAAUCUCAUCUGUACUGGGUAGACCAGAGAGCCAAAACUAUUGAGAGAGUAGAUUUGGAUGGAUCUAACAGGAAGUUAAUCCUUGACAGUGAUACACUUGAAGUUCCUGUGGCUACAUUUAUAUUUGACAGAAAUAUCUAUUGGGCAGACAUGGUUUAUGGUGGUGGAUCUAUCAGGAGUGCUCCAUUAAAAAACUUAAACCGCUUGUUAACAUUAAGAGACAGUUUGGGUGACACUGUAAAGGAUCUGAUAGUGAUGAGCCUAGAUGUGCAGAAGGGGAUCAACCCUUGUGCCAAUGAUAACGGAGGCUGUGCAGAGAUCUGUCUCUUCAUAGGAGAGCGAGUCAAGUGCCAGUGUUACCAUGCACGUAUAGAUGAAGAUGGGAAGAGUUGCAAAGGUAAGACAUGCUUGAUGUUUGGUGAAAUUAAGUUUUAUUUCAUAGAUUCUGCCCCAAUCCCUUGCUCAGUGUUGUCGUGGGGGUGCUUAGGAGAUGGACGGAGGCCCAUUGUAGGAGGUCGCCCCUGCCUUGGACCUUAG